CGGACAGGACGGGUCAGCUCUGUGUUUACGCUGAGAUGCUCACAACAAAGGACAGCACACAGAGAGCCUGUCAUUUAAAAAAAAACACACCGUGAUAUUUUGUCUCACGGUGAACCAUUUGUAACUCGUAACUCCAGGAAGAAGAGGACACAUCACACAAAGCCCUUAUUGGCGUCCAUUUUUUUUUAAACGUUUUAUAUUUAUUUUUUAUUUUUUGGUAAACCAGGCUAGAGGGGGAAAAAUUAAGACGAAAAUUUCCUUCUUUUUUUUUUUGUGCCGGGGGAACGUUAGCUAGCUUGCUAGCUUCAGCAAGUUGGGAAAGACAGGCAGCAGCACACCACAGACAGCCACACCGAGCAGAGACAAUAAGAGGACUUCAUCAUUUAUAUCGCUGGCGGGACGAGCGCUGCGGGAGACGGACACAUGAAGCAUGAGAGGGUGGAGCUGAGGCUCAGCUGACCCUUCCCCUUCCUUCUCCUCCUUUCCCCCCAGUGCUCCAUUCGAUCAGCACCUCCCCCCUCCCUUUCCCUCCUUUCCUCUUCCUUUCUCCCAUCACCCUGUUGGAUCUCACCCAUCUUGCCUCCCCUCCUCCUCUAAACCUCAAUCAGCCGUGCCCAAUGUACUCCCCAGAGCAGGAAAACAUCUCCACCACCGCCUCCACCAAAGUGCCAGUGAAGUAUGGAGAGCUCAUUGUGCUGGGGUACAAUGGCUCUCUGCCCAACGGCGACCGAGGUCGACGUAAAAGCCGUUUUGCACUUUGUAAGAGGCCGAAGGCAAACGGGGUGAAACCCAGCACAGUUCACGUCGCCUGCUCUCCACAGGCAGCCAAGGCCAUAAGUAACAAAGACCAGCACAGCAUCUCGUACACUCUGUCUCGAGCCCAGACGGUGGUGGUGGAGUACACCCAUGACAGCAAUACAGACAUGUUCCAGAUCGGUCGAUCGACAGAGAGUCCCAUAGACUUUGUAGUGACGGACACGGUGGCGGGCAGCCAGAGUAACGCAGACACCCAGUCGGUUCAGAGCACCAUCUCCCGCUUCGCCUGCCGCAUCAUGUGCCAGCGCACGCCGCCUUACACUGCUCGCAUCUAUGCCGCAGGCUUCGAUUCUUCCAAGAACAUCUUCUUAGGGGAGAAAGCUGCUAAGUGGAAGACGCCUGACAGUCAAAUGGACGGGUUGACCACAAACGGCGUGCUGGUGAUGCACCCUCGGAACGGCUUCACCCAGGACUCCAAACCGGGCGUCUGGAGGGAGAUCUCGGUCUGCGGCAACGUCUUCACCCUGCGAGAAACACGCUCGGCACAGCAGCGGGGAAAGAUGGUGGAGACAGAGAGUCAGGAGCUCGUCGACGGCUCUCUCAUCGACCUUUGUGGCGCGACUCUGCUGUGGCGCACAGCUGAAGGCCUGUCACGCACUCCCACCCUCAAACACCUGGAGGCGCUGCGGCAGGAGAUCAACGCGGCCCGCCCUCAGUGUCCCGUGGGCUUCAACACGCUGGCCUUCCCCUCGAUGCGUCGCAAGGACACGCCUGACGAGAAGCAGCCUUGGGUCUACCUCCAGUGCGGCCACGUGCACGGCUACCACAACUGGGGCAACCACCGCGAGGAGAGGGAGGGCCGAGAGGGCCGGCACAGGGAGUGUCCGAUGUGCCGAGCCAAAGGGCCGUACGUCCCGCUGUGGCUGGGCUGUGAGGCGGGGUUUUACGUGGACGCCGCCCCGCCCACUCACGCCUUUAACCCCUGCGGCCAUGUUUGUUCAGAGAAGACGGCGGCCUUCUGGAGUCAGAUCCCACUGCCGCACGGCACACACACCUUCCACGCCGCCUGCCCCUUCUGUGCCCAACAGCUGACUGGCGAGCAGGGCUACGUCAGACUCAUCUUCCAGGGACCCCUCGACUAGCAGGGGCGCCCUCAGCAUCCCGUGAGGGAGGCGGAGCGGGGAGUUUUCUGAUUGGACACUGACCCUGCAUUGAAAACGGGGACCUACCCAGAUAUGUUUUCUUUCCUCUACAGUUAAAUAUAAACUUUUUUCUGGACUUUUUGUCUCUCUCAUUUUUAAGUGACCUUUGUAUUGCUUUUUCAUGAAUGACAACAAAGAUUUCUAUAUUUUCAUGUGAAACCAGAGACACAAAAACCAAACAAAGAACACUGCUGGGUAAACUUUUUGUGUUUGUUUCUCGGAAAGAACUUCUAACAACAGUAUUUAUCUAAAUUACUAACAUACCGUAGUGCAAACAUACGGUUUUUAUUCAUGUUUAUUGUUGCAAUAUACAUCUGUGUACAUCUGUUAGAGCUAAUUUAAACAAAGAUGUUUAUUUAUGGCCCAGGAACCAUUGCUCCAUUCUUUAUCUGUCAGAUAUGCCUAACUUCAAUACUAUUUAGCAUUUUUAAUUUGAAAAUACAGUAUAUUGUUAAUCAGAUAUAAAGUUCUAGGUGUUUUCUGAGGGUUUCAGUCCGUGUCUUUCUCUCAUGUUCACCUCUCAGAUCUGUUUGUCGUAUUUAUACACCCUGUCUUCUGGCGUGCUCUCACUGUGUGUGUUAACCGUUCAGUUAUACUUCUCUCUCAUUAGGCAUCACCAUGGCCUUCUCACAUUCAAAGCAAUAGGUUUGGAAUGGAAACCUCCUAAAGCAUUAUGGGAAACUGAGUCGUCUAGGCGUUUUUGUAAACACUCAGACAGCUUGAAUGACAGCUCCCUCCCUUUAAAGUCCGAGUGAAACGUUUCUGUGGGUGAGUGAUUUUUUUAUUUUUUUUCUCUGAUCACAGGUUAGCCAUGAUACCGCAGCUAUGUAGCUAAUGUCCCACAUCACACACACACACACACACACACACACACAACACACACACACACACACACACACACACACUAUAACCAGACCUGGUCAAAUACUUUUUAUGAUAUUAAAAGUGGAAAGGAACUUGCUCAUAGAAAGUGAUGGUACAACAAUAAGAAUACAGAUGUUAUUAAAAUGAUAAGAAGUAUUGCAGCAGACCAGUGUGGACAGUCUGGUUUAUUCUGCUUCUCUGCUCUGGUGUUUGGGGCUUACCUGCACAGGUGCACAAACAGUAAUGAUCAUUAUUUUGCCAGAUACAGUAUUACAAUCAGUAUUAAUGUUAGUUAUUUUUGUUGAAAUGUUGGCAUCUUACAACAACAUCCUGACUGUUUUCAAAAUGAAGUAAAAUGCUGACUCCUGCCAGUAUUGUAAAAUAAUGAUGUGUUUUAUUUUGAAAAGCUUUGAUUCACUGCACCAUAUUCGGGCAUGAUUUGAAAUACUAGCCAUGAUUUGAUCAUCAAUACUUAUAAUACUGUCACCUGAGUUGUGCAGGAAGCCUCAUCCAUUUCAUACAUCAAGCAAGCAACUAAACACACUCCACAAUAAAACUGUAGCUGUUUGACUCAGGUUUGAUGCACGCAAACACAUGCAUGGCUUCAGCUUACAAUACUCUCUUCAUGGAUGUGCGAGUGUACUUAUCAGGGCUUCGUAUUCAUUUGUGCUUUCCAAAUAAUGUAUAGGAGCCGUCCCCACAGAGCAUUAUAGGGCUGACGAGCUCCACAGCAUGAGUAUAAAAUAUUUGGACCUCCUACUCUACUGAAAACCAUGAUGAGUUUUAUGUUUAUAUAUUUCAGCUGUUCUGUCACGGUGGUGCCAUCAGAUAAAUCUGGUACGAGUGCCUCUUGUCUAAAACUAUGAAUACUAAGUAUGAAUACUUCAGUUUAAUUAAAAUAAAGUCUGUGAGGUAGCAAAACAACAAAAAGAAAGUCUCGGCUGCUGUCUGGUAAAUGAAGUGGAGACGGUCCAUCAAAGGUCCACUUCUGAGUAAACUUGGCUAAUUUUUCUAAAGAACAUUUUAAGCUUCAAUUAUUCAUCAUUUUUGUAUCAAAGUUGUGAUUUUAAGAGAGCAGUUUUUUAAUCACAGCAGCUGUGGUUUUAUUUGUUUAUAGUUUGAUAAAUUUCUGGGGCAUUUUAUGCUUUUAUUAGAUAGAAAUUAGAAAAAUGAAACAAAAAGAUGGAGACAUGCAACAAAGAUCCCAUCACCAGUCACAAACCGUAGACACUGGAGUUCAUGGUCCCUGCCUCAGUGAUUGCAGUGCACACGGCUUCUAUCUGCUGCUGGAAGAUCAUGUGAUAUUCUUGAAAGCUUGAAAACAGCUACUAAAUGGACCCUCUUGUUAGACUGUUAUGUCAACUACUGUUUCUAAAGGCCAGAAUGAAUCCAGGUAGCAAAUACAAACUAAUUUUCACAUAAAAACAAUAAAGUAAUCACACUAUGCCCCUUCUCCUCCACUAUAGUGGGUAUAAUAGUGUGACUACGUGUAGAGAAGUCGAUCCUGAUAUUUUGAGUGAAAGCACAAAUUCUCCCUGACUCCUGCCGCGUACACAGAACACAUCCUGCAACGCCAUGUUGGUCCACUUUGCUCCUGCUGCUGCAGUCGGCAAGAGAAGGAGACACACACUCCAACUGUAGAAACUAAACAGCAGUGCAGCAGCUUUACUGGUCAGAGUCUCUUCCAAACUGUCCACAACACCUUCCUCAGUGCACAGAGCCUCUGCAGGUUUCCUUAGCGUAUGUGUGAAGUGUGUGUGAGAGUGAGAUUGUAAUUUAUGUGAUCAUGAUGAUUGUAUGGAGUGUCUGGUGUCUGGGUAACACGUCUUCAGUUAGUGUGUGUUCAUGUGUCCACACAGUAGUUCUCCACACACAGAUCAUUUUCAUCAGUACCCCCCCCCCCCCCCCCCCCCAGUGCUCGGACUGCAACACACCAACUCACCUCAGGGAGAAAAACAAUGACCUGUGUCUCUCACACAAACAAACACACACACACACACACUGCUAAAAUCUUCUGAGGAUACCUCAUAAGUUAAAAAGUCUGUUCUGGAUUUAAAGGUUUGUGUCUUCCCUCUCCUUCACCCAGUCUUGUUUUGGUUUUCUCUUGUGGCGCCGUGUCUCUCUCUCUCUCUCUGAAUAAAGUGUGUGUAAGGGCUUCACUCUGUCUCUGUACUGUUAUCUCAGCUUUGUUUCUUCACGUACACGUCCGUCAGUCUGUCGCACCUCCCCUCACUCGCUCUUCUUCUUCUCGGUGUCUCCUUGUGCUUACUAAGGCAAAAGCAAAGAAUGUUUCCAGCAAACACUUUUUUGUAACAACUUUAAACAAUAAAGUGUAAAAGUGA